UGCACCUUCUAUUACAAAAUUAACGACUCCUCCUCUCUCCCUUCCCACUCUCCCUCUUCCAUGGAAGACGCGAUUCCAGCAACGGAACAGCCAGCAUCAGAAUCAACCGCGGAGCCGAACCACGUGCUAGUCCCUCCGGGGCUGACGCCGGAGGAGUUCGAGGAUCUCAAACCCGCGGUGGCGGAAUUCCACAAUUACAGGGUCAACGCCGGCCAGUGCUCCUCCAUACUCGCGCAGCGCGUCCACGCGGCGCCGCAGGAAGUCUGGUCCAUCCUCCGCCACUUCGACAAGCCGCAGACCUACAAGCACUUCAUCAAGAGCUGCACCGUGCGGGACGGCUUCGUCGUCCGCGUCGGCGAGCUGCGUGACGUCAGCGUCAUAUCGGGGCUGCCGGCGGCCACCAGCACCGAGCGCCUCGACAUCCUCGACGACGAUCGGCGCGUCACCGGCUUCAGCAUCGUCGGCGGCGACCACCGCCUCAGGAAUUACCGCUCCGUGACGUCCGUGCACGAGCUCCCCGGCGCGAUCUCCACCGUCGUGCUGGAGUCGUACGCGGUGGACGUGCCGGAGGGGAACACGGAGGAGGACACGCGCCUCUUCGCCGACACGGUCGUGAAGCUCAACCUCCAGAAGCUCGCAUCCGUCGCCGAAGCUAGGGCUACGAUCGAUUGA